AUGGUACUUGUCCAAGCUUCAAAACUCCCUCUUCCUUCUUCUCCUUCCUUAACAACUUCAAUUCUCUUUGACCCAUUUUCCCUAUCCUUAGCCCUUAUGCAUUCUGAUUCUUCCAUCUCCCUUUACCCUUCAAUUUCUCCUACUCCCUCUUCCCUCCCAUCCAAACCCCAAACCCUAAUUCCUCCCCCUUCCUCUUCUUCCUCCUUCCUCCUCCUUCGCGACAAUCAUAGCUCUGAACCUACUGUCCUGUUCGUUGUUGCUGCUCCUUAUAUGGGUGGUGCAAAGAUCCUUCUCAAGCUAUAUGUUCUGAACAAGAAGAAGAAUGUCUUUACUAAAGCUCAAGCCUCUUGCAGUCAGAAGGGUAUUGGGUUCGAUCCCAAAUUGGGCGUUCUGCUCGAUGUGGAUCAUGGGGUUUCGAUAAAGAUUGUUGGGUCGGUCAAUUUCUUCAGUUUAUACUCGGUUUCCAGCAGGAAAGUUUGGGUCUUUGCGGUGAAGUUGAUUGGGGAGGAUGGUGGCAGCGACGGUGACGCUGUGAAAGUGAAGCUGAUGAGGUGUGCGGUAAUCGAGUGUCGGGUGCCGGUUUUCUCUAUUAGUGUCUCGUUUGGGUUCCUGAUCUUGGGGGAGGAUGGCGGGGUUAGGGUUUUAAAUUUGAAGCAGCUGGUGAAAGGGAAAGUCAACAAGGCUAGGAGUUCAAGUUCAGAUGGAAUGACGGACUUGAAUGGGAAGUUGCCUAAUGGUGUGAUCGGAGGACUGAAGCUUGGUGGUUUGAACUAUGGCGUUGCAAGCAAUGGCAUCUUAAAUGAGAAGAUGGAAAAGCAAAAUGUUUCAGCGAAGCAGAGAUCUGUGAGAAGGGGAAAAGAUUCUGGGGAAGCAGGUUCAUGCUUCGUGCCAUUUAAGGGUGAGGAUGUUGUGGGCUUGGGAUCCAGCACUGGGAAGGCUGUUUCUAUCCAGGCAUUGUCCCCCAAAAAAUUUAUGAUCUUGAACUCCACGGGAGAUUUACAUAUCUUGUCUCUGUCUAUUCCUGGUGGUGGGUGGAACAUUGUCCCUGACAUAAGGAAGAUGCCUUACAGCAUGAAGGUGCAAAAGCUUGCCAUUCUCCCUGAUAUUUCCUCGAGAGCACAAACUGUUUGGGUAUCUGAUGGAUUGCAUUCUGUACACAUGAUGAGUGUGUCUGACUUGGAUGAUGCUGCUAAUAAAGUUGGCGGAGAUGCAAAUCCAGAAAUGUCCGUGCACUUCUCAGUUCUUCAAGUGAUCUUUGCUGCUGAAAAGAUACAAGAUCUUAAACCUUCUGCUGCUAAUGGUGUUAUGAUUCUUGGACAUGCUGGAAAUGCAUAUACAUAUGCGACUCCUUGAAGUUGCUUGGAAAUUGUUUGCUUAGGGAAGUUUAUGAACCAGACCCUACAAGGGGAUUCCCGUGGUAUUUUGAGUUACCAGUUGGCCACCUGUGAGUGCAAAAUGGUUAUAUCUGCCCCACUGUUGGUCGAUUCAGAAGUUGCUGUUGUUUCACUUCUCAAAUACUUGAUAUGGUUGAUGCGGGAGCAUUGCAUUCGUCAAGGUUAAAUGGGAACAAGUUGGGAGCUUUCCGUUAUGGAUUUGCUCAUUGUGGGCAAACCUUGUCUUGGACACACAACUCUGAGACCAACUGCUCGUUUUCUGCUGCAGUAUCAGCUUCCAUUGUGUUGGUUCUAUUUGACAGCAGAUGGUGUUUUGGCUUGUUCUACCCACGCCGUGGAGUUAGCAUUGCGACUUGUCUGUCGACGAGAACCGAUCCAGCAGUUGGUUGAAGAAAGAUCAUCACGGUAGGAGUCAGCCAGAUUUUGUUGCUUAUUUUGUUGGAUAGAAAUUUCACAUGUAUGGCGUGAUGAACAUCUAUAAAGCGGUGCAUGUUCGCCGCCCUCAUUGCCAUAAAAACAUGUUAGCAAGCUGAGCUUGUGAUUUCGUUGUCUGUGUUACUGUGCUGAUUUCCUGUCUUCGCUGGAUAAAAGUGUUGAGGUUAAUGGAACCCAGAAGAAGAUGACCCUUAUGUCCAUAUUGUGCCUCCUCUUAUUGCCGUAAGGGCUAUAUCUUGUUGCUAAAUCAUAGUAUGGUAUCAUCCUAUAAAAGGAUGGUGGGGGUGUAAAUACAUCUUUUCAUG